GGAGGCCUAGUUUAAGCUAUAUGAAGCGCGGGGUCCAGCUAGAAAAAGGACAUUACGUUAGAAUUGGAACAUGCCACCACCGAAUGGUUCGGUCCGGUCCAAAAACGUUCGUCCCCUUCACGGCUUUGCAACCUUCAACUCUUCUCCACUUCAAUUCAUUUCACUUUAGCUAAUCCAAAUCCACGUGUCACCUUCCAAUUAGUCAUCACCUAGAUCUCCCGGUCCCACCACACCACCUAGAUUUGAAUUGAACUCAAACAAGUAAACAACUUGCGCUUUUCACAUAACAACGCUUCUUCUUUCAAAAAAAAAAAAAUCUCUUCCCAAAAAUGGCUUCCAAACUCUGUGACUCAUGCCAAUCCGCCACCGCGACUCUCUACUGCCGCCCCGACUCCGCCUUCCUCUGCACCGCCUGCGAUUCCAAAGUACAUGCCGCUAACAAACUCGCCUCCCGUCACCCUCGCGUCACUCUAUGCGAAGUCUGCGAGCAAGCACCUGCACACGUCACCUGUAAAGCCGAUGCCGCCGCUCUCUGUAUCUCAUGCGACCGUGACAUCCACUCCGCUAACCCCCUCGCCGCUCGCCAUGAGCGUCUUCCUAUUACUCCUCUCUUCGAAUCCAUUACUUCUCACUCCGAGAAAACGCUUCACAAUAACAACAACUACGAUGCUGUUAAAGAUGAAGCCGAAGCUGCUUCAUGGUUGCUCACCGAUCCCAAGGCAGAUCUCAAUUCAUCUCCUUACAUGUUCUCCGAUUCCGAAGCUAUUCCGUUCAUGGAUCUUGAUUACGGUGUUAUCGAACAUAAAAACGUUGAUGGUGUAGUUCCCGAUCACGGUAACUUCGAUCUUUUCGCUUAUGCGUUCAAAAACAACAACGUGCAGCCACAUACGGAGAUAGAGACACCGUCACCGUCACCGUCACAGUCGCAGAUUAGUCACAGUGUGGUGUCAUCGUCGAUGGAGGUCGGAGUUGUUCCCGAUGGAGAAGCUGUAUCGGAGAUAUCGAACGGUGGAUGCGGCAAGGUGGUGGUGGCGGCGGAUCGUGAAGCUAAGGUAAUGAGGUAUAGGGAGAAGAGGAAGAAUCGAAGGUUCGAGAAGACGAUUCGUUACGCUUCUCGUAAAGCUUAUGCCGAAACUAGGCCAAGGAUCAAAGGACGGUUUGCGAAACGUACAGAUGCCGUUGAUUCUCUCGGUGGAUACGGCGUCGUUCCCACUUGUUGAUUUCUUUUUUUUUCCUUUGCAAUGUUGAUUUCUUUGCUUCUUUUUCACAUUUCAUUUUCUGUCCUGCUGUAAAUAACUUUUUGUUCAUUUUAAUCAUGUGCGUAAUGUAAAUUUGCAAACUGA